UUUGACCAUGUGUAUUUGUAAAUAAUUACAGAUUUUUUAAGUGAAAGUACAUUUUAUAAUUAGAAAUGCAGCAAGCUCAUCGUGCUGGGAACCUAAAACAGAGCAAUAAAGUUCACAAAUCACGUCACAGAUCCAAACGCAGUAUUUCUGCUGCUGUUAAAGGUAAAAUAAGUGUGGACGCGAUCUUUCGUCGAAAUCGUCAUGCAUUGAGUAAACAAGACCGUCGCAAUCAGGCAAUGCAAAUACGCAAACGAGAUCGUGAAGAAGUUCUGGCUAAGAAACGUGCAAUUGGUGGUACACGUACUCCGCCUUUCCUAGUCUGCGUCGUUCCGCUUAACGCACAGCUCGAUGUACAAUCGGCACUGGUUAUUUUGAAGACAUGUUCAGAAACGGCUGUUGUUAGUCAAUCUGACAAUGGAAUUUUGCACAUUGGGUUACCAAAUUUCAAACAACGCUUCUCUUUUAUAUGUCCUGAAAUUGAAAAUGAAUUUAGUUUACUUGAUGCUCUAAAAGUUGCUGAUACAGUGCUAUUUGUGAGUUCCACUCUUGAUGAACCUGUUGAUGAGUGGGGAGAGAAAGCUCUGGCUUUAACAAUGGCUCAAGGUAUACCAACACCAAUUGUAGUUGCAAUGGAUAUUGAAGGAGUACAUCCUAAGAAACGAACAUCUGAAAAACAAAAUGUUCAAAAGCUCAUUUCUAAAUGGUUACCAGAAGAAAAAGUAUUACAGCUGGACAAAAGUUCUGAUGGACUUAAUGUUUUACGUAAAAUUGGUAACCAAAAGCGUAAAAUAAUACACCACAGAGAAAAAAGACCUUACAUGUUGACUGAAGAAGUGGAAUAUGUACCAGAUUCAGAUGGUGAUUUAGGUACAUUAAAACUUACUGGAUAUUUACGAGGAAUGCCUCUAAAUGUCAAUGGUCUAAUCCAUAUAACCGGGUUAGGAGAUUUUCAAAUGUUAAAAAUAGAAGGUCUUGAUGACCCCCAUCCCUUGAACUUGGGCAAAGAAAAUACUAAGUUUGAAACUAUGGAAGCUGAAAUGACUAGAACAGUCCUGCAAGUAGCAGAUCCUGCAAAACAAGAAAGCUUAAUAUCAGAAAAUAUUCCAGACCCAAUGGAUGCAGAACAGACUUGGCCCACAGAAGAAGAAAUAGAACAAGCCAAUAUGGAUACUGUAAAGAAAAUUAAAAAGGUUCCUAAAGGUUGGUCUGAUUACCAAGCUGCAUGGAUUGUAGAGUCAGAUCCUGAGGAUGAUGGUUCAGUUGAAAAUAGUGAUGAUGAUGGUGAUGAAGAUAAUGAAGAUUUUAUGUCAUGUGAGGAAGAGAAUUCUGAUAAAGACAAUAAGGAAGAUAAUGAUUUUCAGUCUGUCACUGAAUCUGAGUUUGGACCAACUGAUGAAAAGUACGAUACGACUAUAGAUGCAUUGGAGGAACAUGAAAUGUUACAAAAGUUAGCAGCAGCUAAAGAGGAACGACAGUUUCCUGAUGAAGUUGACACCCCACAGGAUGUUCCUGCUAGAGAAAGAUUUAUGAGGUACAGAGGAUUAGAAUCUUUCAGGACAUCCACUUGGGAUUGCAAAGAGAAUUUGCCGGAAGACUAUGCUCGUAUAUUUCAAUUUCAGAAUUAUGAACGUACUAGAAAACGCGUGUUUAAAGAAUUGGAAGAUAGUCUUAUCAAUAUGUAUGGUUCUUACAUAACAAUACAUGUGAAAGGAGUUCGUAAAGAUCUGUGGAAUGCUUUCCAUACAUCAAAUGCUAAUGCACCAUUGGCUGUAUUUGGUCUACUUCCUCACGAACACAAGAUGUCUGUGAUGAAUGUGGUGUUAAAGAGAACUGGUGCCAGUGAUGAGCCCAUUAAGAGUAAAGAAAGGCUUAUUUUCCAAGUGGGAUAUAGGAGAUUUAUUGUUAAUCCCGUUUUCAGCCAACACACAAAUGGAAGUAAACAUAAGUAUGAAAGGUUUUUUCAACCUGCAUCUACGUGUGUGGCUACUUUCUUUGCUCCAAUACAGUUCAGUCCAUCAUCAGUUCUAUGCUUUAAGGAGAAAAAGAACACUAAAUUGCAGCUUAUUGCAUCUGGAGUAUUACUUUCAUGCAAUCCAGAUAGGCUUAUAAUCAAGAGAAUUAUUCUCUCUGGUCAUCCGUUUAAGGUUCAUAGAAGAUCAGCUGUGAUAAGGUUCAUGUUCUUCAACAGAGAAGAUGUGUUAUAUUACAAGCCGUGCAAACUGAGGACUAAGUAUGGCCGCACUGGACAUAUUAAGGAACCAUUAGGUACUCAUGGGCAUAUGAAGUGUGUGUUCGAUGACCAGCUCAAAUCUCAGGACACUGUGUUAUUGAACCUAUACAAACGCAUCUUCCCUAAAUGGACAUAUGAGGACUGCAUCGCUGUCGACAGGGACUGGAAGAAAGAUAAUAUGGAGUCUUAAAUAUUUAUAAAUAUAUG